GCUUUCCAAGGACUUUACUCGGUGACUGCUCGUGCGGCCCAAGUGUAUGCCUAGUCUUUAUCAAGAGAUGCAAAUGAUGCUAUAUUAGCAACGAGGAUACUUUCUCAAAAUCAGGUUAGGAGAUUCUGUGCCUUUUUAAGAGAGUCUUGUGAGGUGCAUGCCGACUGUGGUUGCAACCCGCACUCUUCAUCCACGGUAUACUUCGGAAUGAAGCGAGGGGCAGUCGUGCGCGUAUGAUAUUGGCACCCAGUUGUGACAGCAGUAUUGGACAUUUGACCAUCUUACAGCAGGUUACCGCUAUUAUUUUAUCGAGUAUCGGGGGACCAAACAUGUCUUCAAGAGAAAGACAAAAAGGAAAUAUGACGAAAGACAGCGUCAGCUUACUGCCCUGCUUCUAUUUCGUUGAGCUCCCCAUCCUGGUGUCGUCGGUGGUGAGUCUGUACUUUCUGGAGCUGACAGACGUGUUCAAGCCGGUCCGCUCGGGGUACAGCUGCCACGACCGCAGCCUCAGCCUGCCCUACAUAGAGUCCACUCAGGAGAUUAUCCCCCUGCUCAUGCUGCUCAGCCUGGCCUUUGCUGGACCCGCCAUCACGAUAAUGAUCGGAGAGGGGAUCCUGUUCUGCUGUCUGUCCAGAAAGAGGAAGGGUGUCGGGGCAGAGGCAGACAUCAAUGCAGCAGGCUGUAGCUUUAACUCCUUCAUCCGCAGAGCUGUCAGAUUUAUUGGCGUCCAUGUGUUUGGCCUGUGUGCCACAGCUCUCAUCACGGACAUCCUCCAGCUAGCGACGGGCUACCAUGCGCCUUACUUUCUGACUGUGUGUAAACCCAACUACACCACGCUCAACACAACCUGCGACGAGAACACCUUCAUCCUGCAGGAUAUCUGCUCCGGGUCCGAAAUCGCAGCCAUCAACCAGGGCAGAAAGUCUUUUCCGUCUCAACAUGCCACACUGGCUUCCUUUGCCGCCGUCUACAUCUCUAUGUACUUCAACAGCACGCUUACUGAGUCUUCUAAACUACUGAAGCCUCUGCUGGUCUUCUCCUUCGUCAUCUGUGCCAUCAUUUGUGGGCUGACCCGGAUCAUCCAGUACAAGAACCAUGCUAUUGAUGUCUACCUGGGCUUUCUGCUGGGCGGGGGAAUAGCUGUCUACUUAGGUCUUUACGCAGUGGGGAACUUCCAGCCCAGUGAGGAUAGCUGCAGCUGCCCUCCUCCCCAGCCCCGCGGUCCCUGUCCUUUACCCCACAUCAGCCAGGAGGCCAUGCGCCAUUUACAGGUGAAGAGCUGCAGCGCCAAUAUGGACGGGCUCUCUACCUCCCACUCCGAGGGCAUCCUCCACCAUAACCCCCACCACCGAGAUCCCUCCUCUGGCUCCCUCACCAACCUGAAGAGGUCCAGCGCUGAAGUGGAGGUCAUCACCUCGCCCCGCAGCCCCAUGGGAAAGGAGAGCAUGGUGACGUUCAGCCACACCCUCCCCCGUGUCCACACGCCAGCGAUGGAUGAUGGCACACGCCGCAAUGCCACCAUCCACCACAGUCACCAUGCCUCCAUGGACUCCUCCCGCUCCAAACAGCUCCUCUCUCAGUGGAAGAGCAAGAAUCAAGAGAGCCGAAAGCACUCCCUGCAGGUGAUGGAGGGUGAGGUGGCAGCCCAGUCACCCCACCACCGAGGGAGCAUGGACUCCAUGAGGUACAGCUCUGAGCCCUCAGUCGUGGGGAUCAACGGGGUCGAUCUGCCAACGCAGUAUGUGAAGCUAGCUACCGGGGCCAGCACCACACUACCCAGAGACUGCAGCGGCAUAACAGGAGGGGCCAGAGUCUCUAUGCAGUCCCGACCUGGUUCCUCACAGCUGGUCCAUAUCCCAGAGGAGACCCAUGAGAACUUCAACAACCCCUCGCCCAAGAUGGGUGUGGGAGAUGUAGGCGGCGGUGAUAUAUGCAAUAGUGGAGCUCAUGUAAACUGGGUGAAGGCUGCUGAGAAGGCAACUGCCCCAUGUAGGACUAUGAAUGGCAGCCAGCAGCCGCGGAUCAUGCAGGUGAUUGCCAUGUCCAAACAGCAGGGUCUGCUCCAGACUCACUCCAAGAGCAUGGACGAGGGCUGCAUGGACGGCUACACCGGAGGGUCCCUCCGCUACAGAACCCUGAAUGAACCAAAUCCCAUGGGCACGACUUGCAGCACGUUGGGCAGCUCCGUGGGCAGCAUCUCAGGCAGCACUGGAGCCAUCGUGAGGGUGGACGCCCAUCCCGAGAACAACAACAACCGCCCCAUGGUUCACGCCCCUUCGACGGAUAUUAGCAGUGGGGGUUCCUGGAAGACCUGGAGGUCCCAGGACCAGUAUGGGGCUGGUGGUAUUGGUGGAUGCAGCCAGGGCCAGUCAUUCGAGCUGAAUGACCUGAAUAGAGAUUCAGAGAGCUGCGAGUCCCUGUCCAUGAGGGACGGCUCCAUUGGCUCCAUAGACAGGAGGAGACAUGCAAAUCCCACUGCUGCCACCAUUACACAGAACGCAGGGGGCGGGGAGCACUCCCUCCAACAGCAGCAGGGGAUCACCACCAUCAGAGUGACCCCAGUAGAGGGGGGUGAGGUCCCCUCAGAGCCCCACUCUGUGGCCUCCAGCCGGGACUCCACACUCCGGAGGAAAGGGAAAGGGAACAUCAUCCUGAUCCCAGAGCGAGGGAACAGCCCGGAUAACACCAGGAACGUUUUCUACAAGGGGACUUCAUCAACACCCGGUUUGUAGAGGAAGAACAUUGUCACUUGUCUGUGUCCCAAAUGGAACUGUAUUCCAUAUAUAGUACCUUCUUUUGACCAGGACUCAUAGGGCUCUGGUCAAAAGUUGUACACUAUAUAGGAAAGAGGAUGCCAUUUGGGAAACUGCCCUUGUUCAUAUGGAUGUUCACAGAAUUUUCAAGAAAAGAACAGUCAGUGGGAGGGAUUGUUGCACUCUUGGGGAUGUUUGACUUCUUCCACUGCAUCUGUGAUAAGAGGCAAUCCAUCGCCAAACGUUGUAUCCAGAUACAUUUUAUUAGUCACAAAGCAGGCUUUAUUCAGCAUGAUAUUUGUAAUUGUUCCCACAAAAGCACAACCUUUUUGGUCUUGUAGAGUAGUUUACUAUGUUCUUAUGUACUCUAAUAGAAACAUAAUAGCACUGGAAUUGUGUCCAAUUUGAAAUAUUUUCAAAAGUGGGUUAUCAAAGUUUUUGUUUUCCUUUUUUUCCACAAAGUUCAAUACUACCCCCUGUGUAAUGCUUUAGUGGGAUAUUGCAAAGUUGUGUACCAUAACGGUGGAAACGAUAAUCCUUUAAUUGUCUGCAUCAAAAAUCGUUUUGAACUGUGUGCUAAACCACCCACACUAUUUAGAUCAGGGGUGUCAGGGGUGAUUUUGCCCCGGGGGCCGCAUUCGGUCUUCAAAAAUGUGUUAUAUUUCCACGCCAUCAAAAUUUGCAAGGCAUACUGUAGUCCUCUAUCAAUUUUGGAAUUUUCCAUUCUCCACUGACUGUCUGGCUUUCAUUUUGGGGAUUAUUAGCAGGCAAGACACAGGCAAGAAACUGUAUGAAUGUAGGUCCUUUAUCAUUUCUAUGCAGUUUUGAUUUAGUUUUAGUAAUUUAGUAAAGUACAUUGAGUUCUUACUCAAACCACCCGCAGGCCGGAUUGGACCCCCUCAUGGUGCCGUAUGUUUGACACCCCGGAUGUAGAUUAAAUACUGUGCAUAGAGUACAAAUAAAUAGAGAGAACAUUUGGAACUUGAUAUGGUUAGAGAACGACCUUUUGUAUUAUUUGCUGUAUAGAUGCCACAUUCCCUAGAGAAAACUGUGUUAAUGACCAUAAGUGCUUAGCAUUCCUACUGUAGCUAAAUUAAAUAUGCUGUGAACUGCACAAAAACUGUGUUUCCUACACCUUUAUAUUCAAUGACCAGGUUGUGUUUGUUCUAUCACAAUAAUACUGUUUGGAUUUUAUUCUACCAACAUAUUGUACAUGAUUUUUCAUGGUGUCUACAUCCCAAAUGGCCAACUCAGACUUGGGGGUAGACAUAGUAAAUUCAAAUCUGUCUCCCUCCAUUUGGUAUGAUACUUUACAUUUUGUAUGGUAUGUAUUCACUUGUGUAUGUCCAUCAUCCAUUUCGUACAAUAUGUUACAAAUUUGCAAUACGUAUGAUAUGUUACGAAUUCCAAUUUGUUGUGGCUAACGUUAGCUAGUUAGCUGGCUAGCUGGCUAACGUUAGCUAGGCUAGGAGUUAGGGGUUAAUGUUAGGGUUAAGGUUAAGGUUAGGAGUUAGUGUUAGGUGGAAGGGUUAGCUAACAUGCAAAAUAGUUGCAAAGUAGCUCAAAAAGUUGCUAAUUAGCGAAAAUGCUAAAAUUGUCCGUAUGUGACUCAAACAUGCAAACUUUCAGUUGCUAGGCGUUUGCCCUACAUGCCGAGCCAUCCACCCCAACCAAACUCUGUCCAUUGGUUUUUGGCUUAAGGAACCUUGUAUCUUAUGUAACCAUACCAAACGUAACAUGUCAUACUAAUUUCACUGUCACAGGUUUAUGUUUACUACAGUAUGUUACGUCUAGUCUUUGACGCUAGGCUGAAAUGGCAACCUAUUCCUGAUUUAGUGCACUACUUUUGACCAGGGCCCAUAGGGGUCUGGUCAAAAGUAGUGCACUAUGUAGGGAAUAGGGUGCUAUUUGGGACUCAAAAAUGUGUGUGUGUGUGUGUGUGUGUGUGUGUGUGUGUGUGUGUGUGUGUGUGUGUGUGUGUGUGUGUGUGUGUGUGUAAA